AUGAAAAGGAURUAUUUGCACAUCAUAAUUAUUUUACUUCACAGGAGUGUUAUUGCAUGUGCUGUGGCUGCUGCUUUUGUUGUCAUUGUUGUAGUUGUAUUAUGCGUGGUCUUCUUGGUUAUUUUAAAAGAAGAUGAAAAGCCWGCCUCUAUUCCUAAAACUAAUUAUGGUGGWCCUUACAAGCGUGCAGUUGUUGCAGCAGACAAUGGAACGUGUUCUGAAUUAGGAAAAGACAUACUAAAGAAAAAUGGUUCAGCUGUCGAUGCAGCAAUAACAGUCAUGUUUUGUCUUGGUGUGUUGAACAUGCAUUCUUCAGGCAUUGGUGGAGGUGGAUUCAUGUUGGUGUACAAGAAAGGUAGUCAAAAAGCUGAGGUCAUUGACUUCCGUGAAGAAGCACCGGCUGCUGCUAAUGAAACUAUGUUUAAURAAACAAGUAGUAAAUUAGGUCCAAUUGCAUCCGGAGUMCCUGGUGAGGUAAGAGGCUACCGUAAAGCAUGGGAAAGGCAUGGUAGACUAGAAUGGAAAGAUCUUGUUCAACCAGUCAUUGAUUUGGCUUUGAAAGGUAUCAAGUUAGGUAAAUCUACUUWCAAAGCUAUGRWWRGYAGURAAGMMGCUAUCAAGAACAGCCCUGGUCUAAGCGAGUUAUUCAUAAAAAAUAACGAGUUUGUCAGUGAAGGAGAUAUGAUAAACAUGACUAAGCUAGCAAAGACACUCGAGAUCAUUCGAGACAAACCUGAUGACUUCUACACAGGAAAACUUGCAGAGCAAAUCGUUCAAGAUGCACAGCAGAACGGUGGGAUUAUCACUCUCGAAGACAUGAARAACUAUACCGUUAAAGUAAGGAAAGCUUUGGGCAACAAACUAGGCGAUCAUCAGUGGUACUCCGUUCCUCCGCCAGGAAGUGGGGCUGUAUUAGGCAUGAUUCUGAAUAUCCUUAAAGGCUAUAAUUUGAAACCAGAAGACAGGUCGGACGAAAACAAGGCUAUAUUGACNCAAGAGAAGUUCUCGGAUAUAUUUGAAAAGAUGAUCGACCUGAAUUUCGCUGAAUCAACUCGUCAGAAAAUCAACGAUAACAAGACUUAUAACAAUGCGAGUUACUAUGGUGGAUUUUUUGCUGAGGAUAGUGGAAGUACCACUCAUGCAUCGAUUCUAGCACCAAAUGGUGACGCUGUGGCGAUUACAUCAACUAUCAACUUGUAUUUUGGCAGCAAAUUUCGCAGUAGAGUUACAGGUAUUAUCAUGAAUAACCAAAUGGACGACUUCUCAACCCCAGGAGAAAAGAACUUCUUUGGUGUGCCUCCUUCUCCUGCUAACUACAUCAAACCGAAGAAAAGGCCUUUCUCUUCGUCUUCCCCUAUCGUAAUCUUGAACAAAAAUGGUGCUGUGCGUAUGGCGACUGGUGCAUCGGGGGGAACUACUAUAACAACAUCAACUGCCCUGAUAUUUGAAAAGAUGAUCGACCUGAAUUUCGCUGAAUCAACUCGUCAGAAAAUCAACGAUAACAAGACUUAUAACAAUGCGAGUUACUAUGGUGGAUUUUUUGCUGAGGAUAGUGGAAGUACCACUCAUGCAUCGAUUCUAGCACCAAAUGGUGACGCUGUGGCGAUUACAUCAACUAUCAACUUGUAUUUUGGCAGCAAAUUUCGCAGUAGAGUUACAGGUAUUAUCAUGAAUAACCAAAUGGACGACUUCUCAACCCCAGGAGAAAAGAACUUCUUUGGUGUGCCUCCUUCUCCUGCUAACUACAUCAAACCGAAGAAAAGGCCUUUCUCUUCGUCUUCCCCUAUCGUAAUCUUGAACAAAAAUGGUGCUGUGCGUAUGGCGACUGGUGCAUCGGGGGGAACUACUAUAACAACAUCAACUGCCCUGGCUGUGAUUAAUUACUUGUGGUUCGGUCGUACGCUCUCACAGGCCGUAGAUGAUCCAAGGGUUCACCAUCAACUGAUACCGAUGUAUGUUCUGCGUGACGCAAUGUUUCAAUUUGACCCAGAGAUCGUCGACGGCCUUAAAAGGCUUGGCCACACAUUCAGUGAUAAAAAUUUUACAGCCGUUGUACAAGCUGUUGCUAAGGGAGACGAUGGGCUUCUCUACGGAAAGUCAGAUCCACGAAAGGGUGGUCACUCAGCUGGUUUUUAACAAAUCGGUCAUGCGCGUUUGUGGCAUUUCGUAAAACAUACGUGAUUGAUUCAAUGUUGAAUAUUGAAGGUGUGCAAUCAAAGUUUGAUAUAAUGAUUGCUUGAUUCACUUAUACAGUAAAAMYCCGCGUAUAAGAAAACCUUUUUUGGCGGUUCAUGCUGAUUUAGUUCUUAUAUAAAGGGUUAUAAUCUGCAAAAUCAGCAAGGMGAAAUAUACAAUUCCAAAAGAGRGAACUUAGACWCGGGCGAGCACGWGUACUACAUKUUAACAUGAUAUCUCGCGUGUYAAUUCCUUGUCUAUAUUAUACGAAAUGUAUUUCAAAGGAAAUGACGUAAACAAAUAAAAAUCCGKCAGAAAUCCCUGGAGAAAAAUACAAAGAAAUAACUGAAAGUGACUCCCGUUAAUUACGGACUUACUCUCGCUACUGCGGACACUAAACUACGGUUCGAGGGUGUCCGUAAUAGCGAGACUGAGUUGAUUGCAAUAUACAUGUAGGUGUACACAAACCUUUUUGAGCAAUGCUCCAGAGAAGAUCAUUGAUUUCUUAAGUGUUCUUAAAAAAAGUUUCUUAAAAUAAGGAACAUUCUAGGCUGCCAAUAGAUGAAAUUUAUAUGUACACAAUUUUAAAUAAUCAAUACAAUAUUAAUAUUUUGUUACAUAUAAUUGGAUUUGGAACUAUUAUGUUUGCAAUGAAAAGUAGUGUUGAUAUUUGAUAUUUUUCCAUAUAAGAACAACUUUUAUUUUUCAGGCUGAAUGURUUCUUAUAUAAAUGGUACUUUUUAUUUCCUAAAAUCAUGCUUGAGUGUUCUUAAUCCACUUGUUCAUAUACGCGGGUUUUUACUGUACUUCUUUUUUUGCUCGAGAUCAAUUCAGAAAAUGGCGGACAAGUUCUGAACAGCUGCUGUCUUGAUUGUCUUGCACUUGUUCCGCAAGAGCUUACUCGAACAUUCGGCGCUYAGGAGUUAUUUCAUUUUUUUUGUUGGAUAACAAUUAGUUCUAGUCGUACAUUUUUUACAGUUAAGUUAUUUUAGACCAUCAGCCCAUAACUUUUCCAAGUUGAUAUGUUGAUGUGUGGGUUGGACGGUUUUUCGUUCUCAAAUUUCGUCACUUAUAUUGUGAUUUUUGUAAUAAAAUGAUUUAACAAUCACCAA